AUGCAUAAGAACCAGAAGAGCGCAGGCGGAAAUACGGUGUUCUACAAACCGUUUGGAGUUACGACCGAAGUAAGAUCUGGAUACCUGUGCAAGUCUCCUCCCCCAAAACGGCUGAAUACAGAGAAAUCAUGGAAGAAGCGGUAUUUUGUGCUGUUCAAACAUAGUGAGCAAGAACACCAACUGAAGUACUUCAAGAGUCCACGUGAAAGGGACAAGCCGCUUGGAGAGAUAGACUUAUUGCAAAUCUCAUUGUUGUAUGUGAGGCCUGAACAGCACCAGAAAUGGGCAUGGGUCCAGAAAACCUUGAAGUGCUCCCCAUCAUGUGUGCUCUACAUCCGGGCAGCUAGCCGGGACUACUUCCUCGUCGGGGACAGCAGUGAGGAGAUGGACGGCUGGUUCACUGACCUGUUUGAGGCCCUAAAAACUCGACCACAGAAAUGUAUAGCUUCAGAGGACAUGUCUAGUGAGAACCCAACCGCUGAGGUUAUUUCAAAACCUACUACGCGGAAAAAAUCUUUUGCUACCGUGCUUAAAAAGACAGAGAAACUUCGGUCCAUGUCUGAUCCUUUGGAUAACGUCACUGUAAAAUCAAAGGGUGAAGAUUAUGCCAAAAGACGUGCAUCGGAGCCUGUGAAUCCAAUCUAUGACUAUCCAAAACUCUACACAGGACCAUCAAAAGGGUAUAAUGGCAAGCCCCGUCGUAACAGCUCGGACUGCAUGGACCUUAAAGUUAAGGAAGUUACCGCGGGCACCCUGAUGAGGUCUGUCAAUGAAGUCUUUGACAAGCUGAAGACACAGAUUGCCCCACUGCCUCCAUUCGAUGAGGAGACCGUCGCUGAGGACAGAGCAGAAAUGAGUCCAACGUCAGACUGUAGCUGCAGCUCCAGUGACGACGGUACCAUCUCUCCUGCAGAGACGCUGGAGAGACCAAACGUGUUCACAUUGGAAAAACAUGGCCCUUCUGACAGCCUUGACGCCAUCACCCCAGUGGAGAGAGAUUUUGAGAUCAAGCAUGUGGAUUUGAAAAAACACCUGACACUAACCGAAGUGGAUGGGAAACCAAGUGUGUCUGGGUGGACAGGCCAGCCGCAGUCUGUGUGCCUGUUUCACAAAGGAGACUGCAUUCUGGCAAUUAAUGACUUGCACACCGGCAGCGUGGAGGAGUAUUUCAUGUAUCUCAGCAAGUGUCUCAAGGUUGAGGUGAAAGUGACCAUCCUGCGUCUGCCUGGAAGCCCUCCUCUGCAUUCACCGAACUGUCAGUGCAGUGCAACGCAAGCUGACCAUUAG